UUAGCUGUGCAGUGCCGUUGCUUUUGUGAAACUUAUUGCGUGUUUUCCACUACAGCAGUUAUAGUGAGAGUUUUCACCAUGGUGUACAAGUGCUGUGUUCCUCGCUGUAACGGGAAUUAUCCAAAUGGACCUAAGGUCCAUGUGUUUUCGUUUCCUAACGACGAAAACCUUCGUCGUAAGUGGAUUGCCGCCAUUCACAGGGAUGCAUUUUCACCAACCAAGUAUUCCAAAGUAUGUGAACUACACUUUCCAAAAGAGAAUGUUCUGAAACAUACAGAGUGCUUUGACGAGACAACUGGACGGAAAAUAGUGGCUCCACUCUACACACCGCGACUUAGAGCUCAAUCUGUGCCAUCAAUAUUUCCCAACUGUCCUCAAUACCUGACAGUGGUACAGAAUAAACGAGAAGACCCAGAGGCAAGAAGAAUAAGAUUGGACAACAGCGCUGUGUCUGCUGCAAUAUCUGAAUCCUUAUGUACAUAUAAAAUGUUUGAGGAAAGGAGAAGAUUCACUACAUUUAGCGAACUUAUGGACUGUUUGGAACUGGAAACAUUUAGUGAAUGUUGGACUGUGGUUAAGAAAAAGGAAUGUGUGUUAUUUGCUUUUAUUGACACUUCAAAUUUUGUGCCAUUUUUAUCAGUGUCCGCUUGUAUAACUUGUGAUUUAGAGAUAAAUGUUUUUAAAGAACAAACAGCCUUAAAAACUGUAGGGAGUCACAUUUUUCCGAAAAAGAUUCAGGAUAUUGGUCAAGUGAAUAAUAUUUUGGAACUACUACUGUCCAUAGGUGCCAAUGUUCAAAUCAUGGUUUUGGACAGGGGAGCAUUGCCUGAAAACAGUGCUUGUAAUACUUUAAUAGCAGCUAUGGACAGGGGAGGCCUGCUGUACCCACACUUGGAUAUGGUGAAUGCUGUCAUGUACAACUACAUAACAGUACAGAAGCUAAUUGAAAGUAGCAGGGAGACAGCAUUCCUGAGACACGGCAAUCAGAGAGAACUUGUAAUUAAUUUGACAACUAGCAGGGCGAGCAGGCAAUUCAAUCAGCAGUGA